CAGAGGGGGGGUGCUCCUCUCCUAGUCGGUUGCAACAUUGCGUUAAAAUAGACGAAAUAUGGUUGAAUAAAUGUCAAAAAAGAAAAGAAAAGAGGAGCUACUCUGACUCCGGAUGCUACGACCGCUACAGUGGAAGAAGGUGGACCUCGUCGAGAUUAAAGAAAGUUCCCUCUUCAACCUACUGCAAGGCUAACAGAGGACAAAAUGCAGUCUUGUGCAAGCAUAAAUGGGAAGUACCUACAGGUUGGACCACCCGCACAAUCCUCACAGGCUGCUACUCACAUUACCCAGGACACCAUGUGGAAUCAGCAAGAUGGGACAGCAAGUAACUCAUAUCAUCAAAGGACAUUGAACACAGGUGUACGACCACCACAAAGUGCCCCUUUCACUUUUUGCAAUACAGCUUACUCUAAUGGACAAAUGUUAAACUUUCAGACCUUAGCAGUUCCUCUUCUGGCAGUUUCUUCUCAGCAGCUAGCUGUAGGGAAGACUAACACUUGUUAUCAACAAGUGUUACAGGGCAAUCCACAAAACUCAUUUGCAAAUAUUCAAAGUGGAAACAUGGUUUUGCUGGUCGCUAAUGGACUUCAUGGUGCCAACCAGCAAAAUUGUUAUCCGAACUCUGUAUUAAUCAGUUCAUCGACCCAAAGUCCACCCAACAUGUUGAAAGCAAAAUCUACAUACCCUCAGCAAGACAUGUCAAUGCACUGGAAUCAACAGGGUACAGUUCAUGGGAAGCAGUCACUAAGGACACAGGAUGGGAAUGUUGCACCUGAUGUCCAACCUUGUAGGACUCUGAAAAGCAUGCUUCAAAUUGUAAAUGGAAAGUCGACUAAACCCACUUUAACAAAGACUGCAACAGCUUCCUGGUUUCCACAUAAACAGGUGGCUUGCACCAGUACAUUGGUGUCUGGUGCUGCACAUAACAAACAGACUGCUCAUAAUAAGAAUCACAGACAAAAUGCCCUACCAUCUUGUAGUGCCGCUAUCUCUCAGUCUUUCAGAAACAAAAGCAUCACUGCAUGCUCAUCAUCAAGUAAACAUAUUUUGCCCGUUUCCAGCAUGAGUCCGAAAACUCAACAAUACCCAGUUUAUCUCAACUCAAUACAUAACAACAGGGAAGAAGCCACCCACCGUUUCUUGUCAAAAACAAAUGAGCUUCCCUCAAAUCCUUCUAAUACGCAAGAGCAAAUGCUCAGCCCCCAGAUGAUCGCAAGAAUUGCGGACAAUCCAUCCAAGUCAUUAACUGUUAGCUCAGGUGGUUGUUCUCUAGUCAAUACUAGUUCAUCAUACAGAGGGCAGCAGCUUGUCAGUGAGGUCAGAAUGACGAAGUCGAAUCAAAAUAUGCAACCGGUGAUGCUGACUGGUUACAACCCAAAUGCCUCCCGAUCCAGACCACUCAGUUCUGAACUAUCUUUGUCAAAAACCACCCACAGUGUUAUGUCAACAGCACAGCACACUGUGCCUGUGCCACAGCAAAGCUCUGCACCAAAUGCAUUCUGUGUCACAGCAACAGCAGAUAGAAGUGAAAAUGGAGGCAGGGCAGCCACUGCAGUUUCUCCUAAAAGUAACAAGGGGAAUCUUGUUGGAUCAUUGAAAUUGCCGGAGAACAUUUCACAACAGAGAGAUAAGACUGAAUCAUCUGUGGCAAACAAUUGUGAAGUGAUUGAUAUACUUGAAAUGCUCUUAUCAGCCAAGGCAAAUGACGGCUCCAUUCACUCAUCUCCUGGUCACACGGGCACCAGAGCUGUUGUGCAGCCGUUGUCACAGGAAAGCUACCAGGUUUCCAGUAAGCAAACUUCUUCUAACACAAUCAGUCAAUCAGCCGAGCACACUGCAACAGAUGAAUGUUUAAGUAACUCACAAGGAUUAGUUGUUUCACCAGUUGUGGCACAAAACAAAAAUGCUCCAUAUUUGAGAGAAGGAUCUAAUCUUUACCCAGAAAAUCCAAAUCAAAUAAGGUCCAACAAAUCUGGAAUCAGCCAUUCAGUAGCAUCCAGUGAUGGUACUUUUGUGUCGUCUUCAGAUUCAGAUGUGCAUCAGGACGUGUCACAACAGUUAUGUGCAGAAGACACAAGAUCUGAGCUAACUAUUAACAUGCAAGUAGACCAGCAUGUUGCACUAACAGCGCAACAAUCAGUAACCUCUGAAGUGCCAGUUAACCAAAAUGGUGACCAAAGUGAGGAUCCAACUGAUCCAAAGGCCUUGGAGCUUUCCUCAGUCCCAACAAUCCCAUGGAGAGUUGUCAAUUUAAUUAAGUUGAUACAGGAUUCUGAAAAAGCUCAGAUGAAGCUCAAAAUGGAUCUUAUAAAGUUUGAUUCUGAAACCAAAUUAUUAAGCCUCUUUUGGAAUGGCAACAUUAAAAACCUGUCAUGUAAGCUCAAGACAGGCUGGUACAAGGAUUUAAUGACUGAUACUAGAGAAUUCUGCAGUGAACACACAACAUCUGAUGUCAUACUGUCACAAGUAAAGCCCAGCUUUUGGAAGCAACUCAGCAAUUACCAUGUCCUCAUAGAUAAUGAAGUUUAUUCAGAACUUCCCUACAAAUCCUCAUGGUUGAAUGUCAAUGAGCAGUUAGAUGACAUUGAUAAAGAGUUUGGCUUCCCAGCUUCUUUGACACGUCUUCACACAAUUGAAAGUUAUAGCCAGCCAGAUCAGGUUUGGACAGUCAACAGCAAUCUUGCACAAAUUCUAAGUGAGGUACCAAACAAGGUCUUGUCACAAACAGCGCUGGAACCAGUUGACACAGGUGAAGAAACUCAAGCCUCCACUGUUGAUGCCACUUCAACACAAGUUGCCUCUCCUAAUAAAACAAACAGUGCCGAUUCCAGUGACCCAUAUUACUCAUUUGAAAUCCAAGUUUUGCCUCCAGAAGAGGCCAAACGUAUCUUUGAAAAAGUACAAGCACAAACAAUGGACACCGACGGUCAGCCAGAGACAGUCAAGAAUAACUCCAAACUGAAAAAGAAGAAAAGAAUAGAACAGGUUUGCUGCAUUUCAAAGUGGAUAAAAAUGAAAUGUGGACCGGACACACCUAUUAGUGAUUGUCAGUGCAAAAAUGAGCAAAGUCUUAAAGACUGUGCUGUCAAGACCCUUGAUAAGAAAGAGACAACAGUACAAAAGGAAGAUAACAUGCCUGCCAUCAGAUAUGACAGCAAAUUCCACACAGAAGGAGAUAAUAAAUUGAAGGGCAAGGAUAACAUCGACAGUCAAUUUAUGACAUGUAGUCGGUCUGAGCCUUGCAAUGAACUCAGUCAAACCACUGCCUUAACUGACAAUGACCACAAAUCUCACUCAUAUUUUGACAAAGAACCAAAAAACAUUUCCCAGAUAAGCAUGAACAGUAGCCAGUCAACCGUAGCAGUCAUAGGUGAAGACAAAGAUCUCUCCAGCUGCGACAGUACAAUUCAGUCAGACUCUGAAGUGCAUUGUAUACAUGAUGAGUUUAAAUAUACAGGAUGUACGCAGUCCUUUACUUCAGUCAGUAAUGGCAAUGAAAUUGAAAAUCUCCCCAGCAGUGAAAGUGAAGUUGCCAGCCAGAUGUCAGACCUUGGUGGCCAGACUCAAUUGACAUGUACCAAUGAGGCUGCGUCAUCAUUGGAAACUGAAGAAGAACAAACUCAAAUUAGUGCAACAUCUGCCCUCCAGAUACCUUUCAGCCUCAUUGGAAGACAUGAAACCGUUGAGAGAAAGCGGAAGAGACUGAGUAGUCUUGAUAGAUUUUUUCCAUCCCUUAAGAAAUCAAACAAAUGCAAACCCCCUGUCGAUGUGGAUUCACAGCCAACACGUAGGGAGGUUUUAAUUGAUACAACUGACAGUGAACCUUUAGCUUCAAACUCUACAGCUGUACAACUGGUACUGUUUGGCUCAGCAGCACCACAAGACAGGUGCUUUUUAAAUGGCAGCAGAAAGAAAUGCUUGUCAUCUGCAGGGGCUGCAUCUUAUGGACUACCAAAACCUCCAGAAGUUCUCAAAGUCAUUCUCAGUCCCUUGAGGAGAAAGCCCAGGAAAACUGUCCCGACAGGGAAAUAUUCAGUCAAACAAUGGAUUCUUGGAAAAAGGAGAAUUUUUUCACCGACUAAAAUUAGGUGCAGAAACAAACUGAAAUCACAUAAAUUUGCUUUUGCCUCUUUGUCAAUGGUGAGUCUCAAGAAAACUGUUGGCCCCACCAACACAGAGGAGCUGCCAGUUUCUACUGAAAUGAGGAUCUGGAAUCGAAAUACGAAACGCAGUCCAAGUCUGAGGAGGAGGACUCUCUCUGACAGACUCAAAUGCAGAACGGAGAAGACAAAGAAGGAUGCAGUCACACUCGAACAGCCUGCUGAUCAAGAGAAAAGUAAUGCUGAGAAUGGAAGCCAAGCUGUCAUUCCUCUCCAGCAGAAUUAUGUCCUGAGGUUCACUGUGUUACCCAAAACCUUCAACUUCAAAGACGGGUCCAAUGGAAGACAGGAGACCAAUUACCAUGUUCCAAAUAAGAGUGCCGUUGUUGAAAGAACGCAAGCGCUCCAACAUAACUGCCAUGACGAAAAAAGAUACAUGGUGUCCAAAUCCAGAGAAGAAGUCCUGUCCUCUACAUUUGCCUUCCGUCCCUAAGACCUCCACAUGCUUCCACGAAUUUCAGAAGAAAUACAUGGAGAAGAUGAAGCAAUUCCUGGAUGGAUAACAUGACAGGCUGGAGUUUCAGUGGCAACAGAGACAGUUUUCACGUCAAAUACUUUCUUCUCUCUGGGAAAUUCUUCAUUUUAAAGAAAAUUCCCUUUAAGAUUAUUACAGAAAUGAUUGUGUUUUUCUAUUGUGUAUUCAAGGAGUAAAUGGAAAUUGU